AUGCACUCCUCGGUGCUGGACCAUGGCUAUAUGGCUGUCCUCGAGCUUAACCCGACAUUCGCGAGCGCUGAUAUCGGCGAACCGGCGAUUAUCCUCUUCCUUCACGCACACAAGGCACAGAAGGUAUUAGCGCCGACCCAUAUUCCAUCUCGCAUCAUCUCACCCAGAUCGCACCUAACCAACGCCUUUAUGACGCCCGAAUCCCAGCGCUAUUAUAUUACGACUACCUCCUCACCCUCCCCGUUGAAAUCGAAUACGUAUGGCGCGAAAGGUUCCGACUAUCAACCGUCUUCUACUUAUUUUGCCGGUACGGUCUGGUGGCGAACAUGGUCAAACCUCUCAGGUUGUGAUGAAGGGUACAUCAUCUGCGGAGCGCUCAGCGUGUUGGGAAGGAUCGGCAUCCUCAGCGUCUGGGGUAUGCGGACCUACGCUAUCUACGGACGGAGUAGAGCGAUCCUGGCGCUGCUCGGUGUAAUCGGAGGAUCAAUAGUUGGACUUGCCAUCUCUCAUAUCCCUGUAAUGCGCUGCGUAGGGGAGACCAAAAUGCCACUCAAGUCUGAGAGCUUUCAGAACGUUAAAGGCCGGGGGGAGCGUCAAGAGCCAGAGGAAAUCAUUAUACUACGUAGUCCUAAAACAGGCGCCCAAUCGACCACGUUCUGA